ACUCCAUUUCAUCGAGUCAACCCUGGUCUCAACUGACUUUAUCUUCUUCACUAGCCCACUUUCCCUUUUCUCUCUCACCCACUUCCCCAAAAAUGCCCAGCAACAGCAAGCUCACCCCAACUCGCUCCCUCCCUCCCUCCUCUCUCCCCACCCUACCCCGCGACUUAUUCGCCGAGAUCCUCGCCCGCCUCGACGUCAAAACCCUAACCCUCCUCAAAUCCAUCUGCAAGCCCUGGCGCGCCUUAAUCUCCACCCCUAAUUUCAUCAAACAGCACCUGGCACACACCCAAUCCGACCCCCUCAACGAAUCCCUCAUCGUCCACAGCCUGUCGGAUGAUUACGACGACGUCGUGACCGUCUUUCGUAUCGGCGAUAUCGAAAGCCCGGUCACACAGGCUCUUAAUUUCCCCCAGACCUUCUUUAAGAUGGAGCUGGUGGGGUCCAUUAGUGGCCUCGUCUGUUUGUGUGAUAGGAGCUUGGGGUUUAUGAUUGUGGUGUGGAAUCCAGCUACACGGGAGUGUAAGAUGGUGCCGUUUCCGAAUAAGGAGAGGCACGCGGAGAAGGUGUUUGUGGGAUUCGGGUAUGAUUCGGUUGGGGAUGACUUUAAGGUGGUUUGUGUUUUUCGUGUCACGGCGAAUGAGAUUUGUUUGACAAGGUUUUAUGUGUAUUCGUGUAAUGCGGAGUGCUGGAAGGAGAUCAAGGUGGAUUUCCCGUAUGAUAUGCCUCAUAUGUGGUGCGUGGUGACGGUGAAGGGGAAUCCGUAUUGGAUGGGGUUCUCGAUUGAGAAUGGCGAUGAGACUAAUGGGAAGGAGGUUUGUGUGACGUUUGAUGUGAGGAAGGAGGUUUUUAGGUUCUUGGGUUUGCCCAAGUGUGAAUCGAAUAGUGGGACGAGUGCGUGUCUUGCCAAUUAUAAGGAUAAGUUGGCGGAUAUGAUGUUUUCGCCUGGUUCGGAGGUGAAUAAGUUGGUGGAUGUGUAUGUUUUGGAUGAUAGAUCGGGUGUUUGGAGUAAGAUUUAUACUGUGGGGCCGAUUCCAUUAGAGGUGCAGAGGGUUUUGCAUUGUUUCAAGAAUGGAGAGAUUGUUGUUGAGGAUCAUGAUGCUAAGUUGUUCUUGUACGAUCCGAAAAGUAAAGCAGUUAAGGAUUUACGAAUUGAUAACACCAAGGAGCUUAACAAGGCUUUUUGUUAUACUGAGAGUCUUGUUACCAUUAAGAAGAUGCAUCACGUCGAAGAAGAAAUCCCGGAGACCUCACGGAAGACUAGGAAAAGGGAUGAUUUCCUGUCGAAAGGAUUUAAGCUGAAGCUAUAAGGAAUCAGAAGUGUAUUUGGUGUAAACAGGCGAAAAUAAGAGGUUCAGUGCUAAAUCGAUGGUGAGGGACGGAGGAAUGCAGCAAACGAUGACAAUCAGGAGGAAGGACUCAAUAAAUGCUGAAGACCGAGUCAUCCAUGUAUAUAAAAGUUGAUGUUUGUUUAAUGAUAUCACUCUUUUCUUUUGUAGCCCACAGCCUCUUUUUAGUUUGGAAUGAAGCCUCAACAAAUGUUGGCUAUUGCAUACCAUGCGUAAAAUUUGUGUCAAGCAGAAUAAUUUCAUAUGUUGUGCAAUGUGUUUUAGUCUUUUAGAUGAUGCUGGCAAAUACAUUUCGAGCCAUGAUACUAUUAGGAUCCUAGAUAUGAAAUGGAAGUUCAUCAGAAAUGUUUUUACAUUGGAAUGUUGUUUACCUCUCUAUAAGUAUUGAUGAUUAUGAACUAAUUGUUGCAUAAUGAAUAUUUCUUGCUGUUGUA